AUGACUUUCCUUCCAAAGUGGUUAACUUUUCUAAAAGGCAAAGAGGUUGUUAUUGCUAAUGCAAUAAUUGCAAUAUUGACAAUUGGCGGGCAGCAACUUUUCUCUUUUUUCACGUUCAGCUGUCCCUGUCAUGUUGGACAGAACCUUAUCUAUGGGCUGGCUUUCCUAGGAGUGCCUGCACUGAUCCUUCUGGUUGUUGGCUAUGCCCUGAACAACCAGACUUGGAGGCUCGUUAUGGGCAAAAGUUCUCAUUUUGAGAGGGAAAUGUCAUCAAACUGGCUGCUGAAAUUCAAACUGCUCUGCUUUGUCCUGUGCAGCAUCACAGGGAGGGCACUGGUUGCUCCAGUCACAUGGCUUGCAGUCACCCUGAUAAAUGGCUCCUAUUAUAUCUGUGCUGUGAGUGAGUACGUCCCUGUGCAUUACUAUGGAGCUGCUCCCAAUGUCAGCGCUGCGGAGCGCAGCAGGAUAUUGGCCAUAUUUCCCUGCGGGCAGCUGGUUCCUCCAGAGCUGGCCCGGGCCAGAGAUGAAGUGAUUCUCCUCCUCCGAUACCAGUCACAAGUGGCUGGCUGGCUUUUGAUUGCUGUGGUGGUCAUCACUGUGUUCCUUUCUUACUGCCUGGCAAGCUGUUUCUCCCCGCUCAGCUUCCUGCACUUCAGAUACUGGAACAGCUAUGUCCACAAUGAGCAGGAGCUCUUUGAUGAGGCAACAGAGCAGCACUCCAGGCUCUAUGCCAUGCAGAAUGUAAGGAAGUUCUUUGGCUUUGUCCCAGGAAGUGAGAAUGUAAAGGAGAUUCGUAUCCCAUCUCUCAGGGAGUGGCAGGCCAUUUCUGGACUGGCCUUUCUGAAGCGAGUGGAUAAGGAGCACUAUGAUUACAGCCUCCUCCAUGACUGGGCACUCAAGGAGCGUGCAAGUGGAAAGUACCUGAGGAUUGAUGAGGACCCUGGGAUCAUAACACAGCUCUGAAGAUCCAAGACCCCGCAAUACUUUGCAGAAAAGCAGGAACCUGUCUAGCUCUAUGUCAGACCUGAGCUGCACUGGAACUUUCCAGUACAGUAUUACAUU